AUGUGCAGCCGUUGCAACUUUCAAGUUAAAAUGUGACGCGUAAGCCAAUUUACCUAGUUUACAAAUUCAGGCGUUGACGUGGGAUUAAGUGCGGCAUUUAUUUUUAAACCAUUGGCAUCAGAUCGAUCGAAACGCUACUAGCUAGUACCAACUGAAAUUCAUAAAACAGAAACGCGGCCAGCGAGAGACAGGAACGCUGCAAAUGUCGGUAUUUUAUUUACGUGGAGAGUACGGCGAUACCCGUUCCGCUUCUAUUUUCGCACUAUAUCGUUUAUUAUGAGGGCCGACGGCGGCGGCGGCAUGGGCGCACUGAGGGGCCGAGUCGAGCGCAGGCCACUCCACCGCCUGAUAUUAUAUUCUGGAGCACGCCGCCUCACCUCGCUUCGCGCCAGAUAUUUCGAGUGUUGCUUCCACCACCUAUGAAUUUACCUAGUCUCAGUCACAGUACACGCCCGGUGCAGCCGGCCGCAUCGCUCAAUUAAUAUAAACGAUAUUGUUUACAUCGGAGACCAUAGAAGUAAAUAUAAAAGUUCGGAAUCAAGUUCAUAGUACGCUUUUAUGGCAAUUUUUAAUGGCCCAACAGCAAAUGAAAUAGUGAAAAAGUUAACGUUAAAAUAAGGUUCAUUAGCUCUGUGCUUCAUGUGUUUAAUUAUGUGCGUAAAACACAGCUAUCAUACAAUUUGCAUACUCGAUGCCAGGCGUUAACCACAGCGGUCGGCGAGACAGCGGUAUGUCGGACUACGCAGCACUCGUAGUAUUUAUCACUGCACGAUGCACAACCCCACUGGCCUGACUGUGACUUAGCGAAUUAGUAUUUAUUGUAAUUGUUGGAUGUGUACUUAUUAAGCUGUAUCUUUCUUUCAGAACUACACAUACACUUAUUUGUUUUAAAAACGGAUCAAUGACCUUAGACCAUAGACGUGAUACAUAGACUAAAAGUAAAGUAAUAUACAGUCUCAGGUAGAGUGGCCUAUUGUACUGGGAAAAGCUUUCUCAACAAAGCCUGCCAUUCUGAUACCGACAUAGUCGUAACACACUAGAUGACUAGGCUAACAACCGUAGUCUGUCCAUGCUGUCGAAUAAAUAGAAUACUAAAGCAAGCAUGAUGAAGUAAGUAUAAAAGUAAUCUUUUUAUUUGCUACAAAGUUGAAGCAUAAUAAAAUCUAUUAAUUAAAAUUUAUCAGAAGCAUUCCUCCUCUUAUAAAUUUUAAUUUUGUAGGGAAAACAAGAGUUCCCCUUUAAUAUGUAUACGUAAUUUCUUUUCAAUAACGCAGUCGCUCAUUUCAUAAAUGCAUUCCUUUCAGUUCAUUCGAUAGUAAUUUUGGAUUGUCUAGACAACAUCACGAUAUUGUAUAUGUUGAAUGUGUGUAGCAAUAGUAAAACGAUUGCAUUCAAAACUGGAGAGCUUUUGCUCAUACCAGUCAAUCAUAAUUAGUUAUUAAACACUACUGUUAGUUUCUUUUAAACAUGUAAAUAGGUCAGACGAGAUGAGCUUGUGCGCAAAACUACUGGCGCUGUGUCUGGUGUGCCUACAAUAUUGGAUUUAGUGCUUUUAUGGUUGAAACAAAAAUAGCAUGCCGUAUUGCAGCGUUUUAAUGCGAGUACAAGAUAUUGAAUCGUAGUGAGUUCCAAUAAAAUAAGGCGGCGGUCACAAUGAGCGUGGAGGAUAGCGGGUCGAGCGCGCGGCGCGGGUGGGGCUGCACCCCUACUGGCGAGGCGCCGGCCGGCCCUGCUGAAGGCGCCCAGGGCUGCGUACCCACCAUCUUCACCAGAGGAUGGAGAAGAAAUGCCUUAUACGGCAUCUUAGUACUACUAAUGCUGCUAGUGUUUUUAAAUAUAGCGCUCACCUUGUGGAUAGUUGGCGCUUUGAAACUAAGUAUGAAUGGUGUCGGGCCUAUAAGGAUAGUCAAGGGUGGUAUCCAUGUGGACGGGCAGGCCUGGGUGGUGGACAACCUGGUUGCUUCAACCAUUACGUCACAGGUCGCGCAACCUAUUACAGUACAUUCCCAUCGCAACUUCACUGUACAGGUUGCCGACCCAGACCAUUUAGGUCACUCCAAGCUAUUUAUAAAGCGAGAUCACCUUGAGUUCAGUGGCCGGGCACUCCACGUGCGGGACGCCCGCGGCGGGCCAGUCUUCUCCGCGGCUCCCGAGGAGGUGCGGGUGUACUCCGAAGCCCUGGCCAUCGACGGACCUGGCGGUGUCACCGUCAAGAGUACGGUUCAAGUGCCUGCAGUUCGGGCUCCACCUGCUUUCGACUUGACGUUGGAAUCACUAACGAGGCGACUGGAUUUAAGAGCUCCAGAGAACAUAUUUCUUGAAAGCAGAGCAGGAAAUAUUGACAUAACUUCACAUGGCAACAUCAAAUUGGACUCAGUUGUUGGAGCCAUUAAACUCAACGCUCAAAAUAUAGUGAUCAGUAAUUUAAAGGAAGCUGUUAGAACUGAAAAGGCAAAUAAGAGUGGAAAAGCUAAAAAUGUAUACCAACUCUGUGCUUGUGCGUCAGGGAAACUGUUCCUAGCCCCGCCGGACGUGCCGUGCGUGUCGUACGACGCCGAUGACAACACUGAGCUGUGCCGAUGAUGACGUCACUUGAAAAGCAAUGCACCAUAGCCAAUACAAACCAUAGUGCCAAAUAGCAAACGUGAUAUUUAUAGAGUUAAAGAGAGUAUGUAAACUUUUUGUUAUAUAGUGUUAUUUAGGUAUUUUAGAAUUCUAAUGCUAUUUUUAUAGCUAGUUUAAAGAAUUACUCAGAAUUAAUGGUAUGAAAUGUACAGGAAAAACUACCGAAAUAUAUGCUACAGUAUUAUUGUAACAUUUGUAACUACAUUAAUUUAUACAGAUUACAAUUGUCAUUGAUAGGCAUAAAUAUUUUUACAUUUUGCACAUUGGAAUUAAAGACAACAUUUAAAAAAUGAAUAUAGCGUUUAAGUCAAAGAUUUUAACGUAAGUAGGUUUAAACGAACUAAUAGCACAUUUAGUCAAUUAUAAAUUCUUAUGAUUAGCCUUAUUAUAUGUGUAGUUUCAAAUUUUGAGGCCAAAAGAAUAAAAAUAUUCUAGAAACGAUUAACUUUUUUUAGUGCUUAGACUAGAAGAAGAAAAUACGUACGCAUGAUUUGUUAAAAUUCGAACUGAAAAGUCAAAACAAGCCAUAGUAAACAGUGUCAACACAUAGUAAAGGAUUCUUACAUAUUCUUCUUCUUCGAAUAAGAUAAAAUCUCAUGUGAUAGGAACAAGCAUUUACACUAGUCGUUUUCCCGCCGAGAUGUGGGCGCCGCGGUAACGACGAUUGGAACGCAUAAUGUUAAUGGGCCCAAAAAGGAAUUGCCCUAGCCAUUGAAUAAAAUUGUCAUUCUCUAGAUCAACUUCAAUUUAGUUUACACAUUUUAAAUUACGAAUGAAUAUUAAAUAAAAGGAUAUUAAAACUGGUUGAAUAUAGUUA